ACCCACGUGCGGACGCUUCCUGUCAGAGGAGGAGACUGAGGCCCGACCACCUCACCACGACCUCGCUUUGUUUUGGAAGUUUGUUUUGGAAAUGGAGGAAUUACCUGCGGACCUCGGAGCGUUUCUCCUCAACCACCCGUUCCUGCAGCUCACAGACAGCAAGAAGAUCAAGUGCACACUGAAUGGCCACGAGUUUCCGUGCAGCCUCACAGAGCUGCAGAAGUUCACUCAGGGGAAGAAGUAUGAGAAACUGAGCGCCACAGCAGAGUUCAACUACAGCCAGCACGAGCCACACGUCGUGCCCAGCUCAAAACAGCCCAAUCAGCUCUUCUGUAAACUGACACUCAGACAUCUCAACCGGCAGCCGCACCAUGUCCUCAGACAUGUCAACGGGAAACGCUUCAAAAAGGCCCUCGGCAAAUAUGAAGAGUGUGUGAAGCAAGGGAUAGAUUUCGUUCCAGCCAGACUUAAACAGAGGAAGCCCAGAGACAACGGAGGAGAGGACGCCGGUCGGGGGAGGGCCCCAAAACAGGGGCGCGGCACAUUAGAUCCGUCGUCCAGUGAUGAGGACCACAGCGACUCGGAAGACAGCAUGAGUGACCUGUAUCCUACAUCUUUGUUCAGCUUAAAAAACACAGAAGAAGAAAAUAUGGAGGGUGAAGGGAAGGAGGAGGAAGACGACUUCCAAACAGAUGAAGACGAGGGAAUGGAGGUGGACAAGCAGGAGGUGCAGAAACGCAAAAAGGUCCAGGGUGGAGAUAUACAGAAGAAAUUAAAAACGAAUCAGUGGAAAUCCGGGCAAAAGACAAACGGGAAAGUGAAGAAUUCAAAGUGAAAAUGUAAAACCAUAGGUGCAUAGUAUUUUUCACCUGGUUUAGUACCUAGAAUCGGCUUGACCUAGUUGUCAUGUGUCGGAGCCAGCCUGAUCUUUGCAUUUGUACAUUGUAAUCAUGCUCAGUUUCAGUGAGGCCGGUUUACAGAUCAUGGCGGACUGGAUAGGUUCUGUCCCUCGGUUCCCAAGCAACAACACUGACAUAAAAUACAAAUUGUUUGGACUUGCAAAA